AUGAAAGGUGUUGUUCUUUAUCCAUCCUUCGCAGAAACAAUAAAAAUACCGCGAAAAGAAAUCUCUAUUUCACUUGGAGGUAUUUUUGCCGUGUUAUUAUUGGGUAGUACUAUUACAACCGUUGUCUACGGUUCAUUAACAUUGGUAAAAUUCAUUCAUAUUCCUUAUAAUUUUGGUCAAUUUUCCAUAUAUGCUGCAUCAAUUGCACUCAUCGCUAUUGGUGGUUUACUCCUAUUUACUCUAAUAUUUGGCAUUAUCGGUGUAUCACUACAUAAUGGAAAUCUUCGUUUGCUUACAUUAGUAUUAGCAUUUUUAUUAUUCUGUGCAUUAGCUAUUAUUGGUGUUUGGUCAAUGGUUUUAGUUAAAACAAAUGGUUUACAGCUUAGUAUUAAUAAUGAUAUUAUAGAUUUGAAUAAACUUUAUCGUGAAAAGCCUAAUGCAGCAAAGAAGAUCGAUUAUUUAAAUGAAAAUUAUCAAUGUUGUGGUGCAAUAACAGAUGAUAAAAAAGAAUUAGAGAAUGUAUCUGGCUUACCAGUGUCAUGUUGUAUAACGCCCGAAUGUAAAACCAAAAAAGUUCUAGAAGCAAGUGAUGGCAUAUAUCAAAAAGGAUGUAUAGAUUCGAGUUAUCGUUCAGAAAAGGUUGACAGAGUUUUUAUAUUGUCUAUUGUUUCAUUAGCAUGUGCCGGGGCCGUUUUACUUGGUUUAAUCUUUUAUGGAAUCGUAACGAAAAAAGCGAGAGAAGGUUAUGCAACUGUUAAUCAUUAA